GCCUGCCCUGGUUCUGGCACCGACGCUCACACGGCCCGGGUCUGAGGGGCAGCUCCGGGGCACGAAGGGUGGAGAGAACCCGCCCCGGGACCUGAGUGGGGAGGGGCUGGGCUGCCUGUAAACCGCAGGUGCUGACUCAUGGCUCUGCUGGGCCGUAUAAAGGAAGCAGUCGAGGGGCUUCGUGCAGCUGGAGGGACGGGCUGGCGGGACCAUGGCCCAGGGCUCGGUGAUCCACGUGGCCCCGGAGCAGUCCACCUAUGCCGUGUGCGUGCUGGGCACCGAAACUCAGCUGGAUGUCUACAGCUCUGCCCCCACGGGCUACACAUCCUUCAGCAUCAAUGCUUCCCCAGGAGUGAUUGUGGAUGUUGGCCACAGUCGUCCAGCCAAAAAGAAUUCCACAGGUUCCUCCAAGUGGUCCCUGGACCCCAGCCUGGAGGUGAGCCUGAGGAUGAGAGCCGCCAGCAGUAGCACAGGUGAUCAAAAGGUUCAGAUUUCAUACUAUGGACCCAAGACCAACCCAGUCCAAGCCCUGCUCUAUGUCACCGGUGUUGAAAUCUCCCUGAGCGCGGACAUCGCCCGCACGGGCAAAGUGAAGCCUGCCGGAGCCAGGAAGGGCCAGAGGACCUGGACCUGGGGCCCCCACGGGCAAGGCGCCAUCCUGCUGGUGAACUGUGACAGAGACAAGCCCAAAUCUUCCACCAUGGACUGCAGGGAUGAUGAGGUGGUUGACAGCAAAGACCUGGAGGACAUGUCCCUGGUGACCCUGAGCACCAACACCCCCAGAGACUUCUUCGCCAAGCACCAGCUGCUCCUCCACGUGGCCAAAUCGGAGAUGGACAAAGUCAGGGUGUUUCACGCCAGCCGGGGCAAACAGGUCUCCAGGUACAGGGCGGUCCUAGGGCCAGAGCAGCCCUGCCACCCCCUGGAGCUCCCCGGAGGCCAGCACAGCACAGACUUCUACGUGGAGGGUCUUGCUUUCCCCGACGUCAACUUCCCGGGGCUCGUUUCCCUCACCGUCUCCCUGCUGGACACGGCCAACCCGGAGCUCCCCGAGUCCCUGCUUUUCCAAGAUAGUGUGGUCUUCCGGGUGGCCCCCUGGAUCAUGACCCCCAACACUCAGCCCCCGGAGGAGGUGUACGUGUGCAGGAUGCUGGAAAAUGUGGACUUCCUGAAAUCAGUAACUGCUCUGGCCAAGGAAGCCAAGUGCAAGCUGACCAUCCCCUCCAAGGAACAGAGCAACGAUGAUCGGUGGAUGCAGGACGAGAUAGAAAUCGGCUACAUCCAAGCCCCGCACAAGACCCUGCCCGUGGUCUUUGACUCUCCGAGGAACAGGGGCCUGAAGGACUUCCCCAUCAAGUGCUUGCUGGGUCCAGAUUUUGGCUACGUGACUCGAGGGCCCGAGACUGGAGAGGUUACUACCUUCGACUCCUUUGGAAACCUGGAAGUGAGCCCCCCGGUCACUGUCGGGAGGAAGAAGUACCCUCUGGGCAGGAUCCUCAUUGGGAGCGGCGGCUACCCCAGCAAGGAGAGCCAGGAGAUGCACCAGGCCGUGCAGGACUUCCUCAGCGCCCAGCAGGUGCAGGCGCCCGUGAAGCUCUACUCCGACUGGCUGUUUGUGGGCCACGUGGACGAGUUCCUGAGCUUCGUGCCCGCGCCCAAGAAGGGCUUCCGGCUGCUGCUGGCCAGCCCCCGGGCCUGCUACGCACUGCUGGAGGAGCAGCUCAAGGGGGGCCACGGGGAGGCUGCGCUCUUUGAAGGCAUCAAGAAAAAAAACCAGAAAAUAAAGGACAUCCUGUCAGACAAGAAACUGAGAGACCAGAACUCAUACGUGGAGAAAUGCAUCGACUGGAACCGGGAGGUGCUGAAGCGGGAGCUGGGCCUGAGUGAGCGGGACAUCGUGGACAUCCCCCAGCUCUUCAAGCUUCAGGAGGAGGACAGUGGGAUCCUCAAGGCCGAAGCCUAUUUUCCAAACAUGCACCAUCUCAAGGCCGCCUGUUGUAUUUUUACUGUCCCUGUGCCCUUCCUCCGUCUCCACCAAGGAUACUAGAGGGCCAGGCGACAACCUCACCCAGUUCUCCGGAGGCCCCUCGGCUCCCCUCUCCUGCCGGGCCUGGACGUCACAGGUCAGGGGCAGCCGGGAGCCCCUGGCACAAUGGAUGUCAAACUGGUCCCCCCCCCCCGGCUCACUGGGGUUCAAAGACGGUGCCUCAAAACCCAGUGGUUUGGAUUUUCUCUAUUUUAGGCAUCAAAGUACUGCAGGAGAUUUUGUUUAGAAGAGGGUCUGUGGUUAAAGCAAGGCAGGAGGGGGUCCCUUGAACAAAAUUCCUUGCCCCAAGCAUUCGGUUGCGUCGCGUGAGCCCAGCCAGGGUUCCCAGGCAGGAAAGGCUGACGCUGGCGGCCAGGGGAUGGGGCAUCGUGAAUGAAGGCGUGGGUGCCACUCGGUGCCUUGACUGCGGGCUCUGCAGGGGCCCUGAGCCUGGCUCAGCCCCAGGGACCCCCGGCGGGAGGUGUGAGUCUGGAUGUGGAACUGGCAGAAAGACUCAGGGAGUGAGACACUCGGCCAGCAGGGGCUGGCCUGAGUCGUGACAACGACUCCUGAGCCCGGGAGACUGACCCUGCACCUGCUCCAUGAGCGUGACAGCUUGUUGUCCCAGCAACGUAACUGCAUUUGGGCUCCUGUUGCUGGUGAGGCUCAGAGAGGCCAAGUGACUUGCCUAAGGUCACGCAGCUACUGAGUAGCCGGGCUGGGAUUCAAACCCGGGUUGGCCUGCAGCCAAAAUCCUCCUCCUUUCACCUCCCGGGAUAAGGGAGGAAACAGCUAUUUACAUAAGUGUUAGGUAAUACACGGGGAGCACUAACUGCCGGGGUUCGGGGACUCACGGGCGGCUUCACAGAGGGGGCGCCCCUGGAGCUGGGCCUUGAGUCACACAGAGUUUGCCAGAAGGUGGCAGAUGGGGAAGGAGAGUGUAGCGUUCAUAACACGGGCCCUGGAGUCUGAUAGACUUAGGUGGCCUGAGUCCGCCCACUUUACCUGUCUGGGCCUCUGUUUCCCCAUCUGUGAAGUGGGGCUGCUAUUUCUGAAGAUCAGAAGAAAAAGGGGACACACAGGUGGUGAUGCAGGCUGCUGCCCUGAGCUGGGAACACCCCCCCCACCUCC